AUGAGCGGCUUCUUCAACAUCAGUGGUAAAUUCGGAGGCAAGACCAAACCAAAGAGGUCAUCAUCAGCAGUGCGUCCACUGUUCCUCUGCCCACCCUACUGCAACAACUCAAUCGUCAAGGGCAACUUCAAGACGAUUGUCCAGCUUCCAAAAUACGUCGACGGGAACGAAUGGCUUGCCGUCAAUGUGUUUGACUUUUACAACUAUAUCAACAUGUUCUAUGGAUCGAUAUCCGAUUUUUGCACACUCAGGGAUUGCCCAAUCAUGUCAGCAGGACAAGGGUUCGAGUAUUUGUGGAUGGACGGACAAAAGAAAACGAGCAGGGUACCGGCACCUCAGUACAUUGACUUUGUGAUGAGUUGGAUUCAAACCCUUGUCAACGACGAAAGCACCUUCCCCACCAAGGACGGUCGCGAGUUUCCAUUGACGUUCCAGCAGACGGUACGAGGCAUUUUCAAGCAACUGAUCCGGGUGUUUGCACACAUUUACCACUCACACUACGACAAGGUGCUUUCACUAUGCCAGGAGGGCCACUUCAACUCGCUCUUCGCACAUUUUGUCAGCUUUGGUCGGGAAUUCGAUCUCUUGGACAAGAAGGAUAUCGUGCCAUUGCAGGACUUGAUCGACAUCAUGGAUGGCAAUGGCAUCCUCUGUUGA